AUGACGAAAAUAUCCACCACCAAGAGAAAUAAUCUUAACAAUAUCAACAUCAACAAUUCGUACUCUCCAAAGAAAAAGACUGUCAUAACCCAAGAGACAUGCGUCGAUCGUGCUAAAAAGGCAGAGCAGGACGCAGUCGCGACUCUUGAGGCUUUUUAUAUGGCAAAUACUAUUUCCAAAUUCGAAGAGAUCGAGAGAGAACGCCAAGAGAUUGCACUCAAAGAACGAUUAACUUUGGAGGCUCUUCUAGCAUUGAAUCAAAAAAGAUAA